AUCGCCACCCUCUGCAGGACAGCUUACCUCGUCUUCUGCUGUGUACCAUAGUCAUCUCUUCGUAUAUUGUAUUGCAUAGCUAGCCAAUUGGCCCUUGCCCGCUGCUCCGAGCUGUCCAAGCAAGCUCCACCUAGCUUCACUCUUUCACUCAAAGUCAAGCAGCCCAGCUUCCGGGUUGCCAGUAAUACCCCGCCAUGCCCCACCACGCCCUCAGGACUUCUACUUCUUUGCUCUCUGCCUUCCGCUCUUCUCAAUCAUCCCCUCUCCGAGCACCCCUCAACAAACGCAACUUCUCUCCAUCUACCGCCAACAUGGUCAUCAAGACUUACUUCGAUGUCUCCUGGUACGGCCCUGAGGUCCAGGUGAACAGCAACGGCGACGUCACUUCCAAGGGCGCCGAGAAGGACCAGUCCGGUCGCAUUAACUUCGAGCUCUUCGACGAUGUCGUCCCCAAGACGGCCGAGAACUUCCGUGCUCUCUGCACUGGCGAGAAGGGCUUCGGCUACUCUGGCUCCAAGUUCCACCGCGUGAUUCCCCAGUUCAUGCUCCAGGGUGGUGACUUCACCCGUGGCAACGGCACCGGUGGCAAGUCCAUCUACGGCGAGAAGUUCUCCGACGAGAACUUCAAGCUCAAGCACGAUAAGCCAUUCUUGCUGUCCAUGGCCAACGCCGGCCCCAACACCAACGGCUCCCAGUUCUUCGUGACGACCGUCGUUACCUCAUGGCUCGACGGCAAGCACGUCGUCUUCGGUCGCGUCCCCGCUGGUGACGUCGAGUCGAUGAAGAUCGUGCGUGCCAUCGAGGCCGUUGGCAGCAACUCGGGUGCUGUCAAGUACUCGUCAAAGCCGCCCACCAUCACCGGCUCUGGCCAGGCUUAGACGGGUAACAUGGGAUAGGGAGUCGAGCUUGCGGCAUGGUCUCGCACCUUUGCGGUGCUCACGGCAUGGAAAGCGGCAGUCGGGAUCAGUAACACUUGUGAACGGUCCAUCUAGUAGCAUUUGUGAACGGCCAACGCCAAUUUGAUACUGAGGCCUCUACCAA